ACGAAGACCGCAUGCUAUGGUUGUUCGGAGAUUCUUCGAAUUCACGAUCUUAAAGUCAUAUGAUUCACAGCAAAUAUAGCAACAAAUAUCUCAAUUGGUAUUUUCCAAAGCCACGAAACGUGCAUUGAGUUUGGAGCGAUAUCUGAAGUGAAGAUUGAAGACGUGAUAGAAGAUGGACGACUACUGCUAUGCUAAGAUGGCGACGUCCGCUAAAAGAGAACAUGAAAGAGAAUCAGCGCCACCAACUUCCAGCAAAUCACCAACGGAGAUAAAGACGAAAGAUGAAGACGUCCAGCAGCUGAUCGGUAAUCCAGAAGAAGUUUCCCCUCAGUUAGGGGGGAGCUCCACUUUGAAGCAGGAGACUCCACAACCACCCUGCAUUAAAAAGGAAGAGGAGGAACUCUGCAUCACUCAGGAGGGAGAGUGUCUUCUAGGACGAGAGGAAGCUGAUUACACCAAGUUUCCACUGAGUAUUCUCUCUGUGAAGACUGAAGAUGAUGAAGAGAAACCACAAGUAGACAACCUCUUAGCUCCACUAUCAGAUAGUGAGGCUGAAGACGAGGUUGAAGAACCUUUGAGCAGCGAUAAAGACUGUGAAGGUGAUAUGAGGACUCACACUGACAACAAACACUCUGAAUGCUCUACAAAGAAGAGAGGUAAAACAUGUUUGAGCUGCUCGGUUUGUGCUAAAAGUUUUACUAAAAAGAGCAGUUUGACUCUACACAUGAGAACACACACAGGUGAAAAACCCUUUAAUUGUUCAGUUUGUGGCAACAGCUUUUCUGGAAAUGGCUCAUUGACUCAACACAUGAGAACACACACAGGUGAAAAAACAUUUAAGUGUUCAGUUUGUGGCAACAGCUUUUCUCAAAAUAAAAAGUUGACUCGACACAUGAGAACACACACAGGUGAAAAACCCUUUAAUUGUUCAGUUUGUGACAAAAGCUUUUUUAAUAAGAGCAUUUUGACUCAACACAUUAGAACACACACAGGUGAAAAACCCUUUAAUUGUUCAGUUUGUGGCAAAAGCUUUUCUCAAAAUAGCAAUUUGACUCAACACAUGAGAACGCACACAGGUGAAAAAACAUGUAAGUGUUCAGUUUGUGGCAAAAGCUUUUUUAAUAAGAGCAUUUUGACUCAACACAUGAGAACACACACAGGUGAAAAACCCUUUAAUUGUUCAGUUUGUGGCAACAGCUUUUCUAUUAAGAGCAUUUUGACUCGACACAUGAGAACACACACAGGUGAAAAAACAUUAAAGUGUUCAGUUUGUGGCAAAAGCUUUUAUUUUAAGAGCAUUUUGACUAAACACAUGAGAACACACACAGGUGAAAAACCAUUUAGUUGUUCAGUUUGUGGCAAAAGCUUUUCUAUUAAGAGCAAUUUGACUCCACACAUGAGAACACACACAGGUGAAAAAACAUUUAAGUGUUCAGUUUGUAGCAAAAGCUUUUCUUUUAAGAGCAGUUUGACUAAACACACGAGAACACACACAGGUGAAAAACCCUUUAAUUGUUCAGUUUGUGGCAACAGCUUUUCCCAAAAUAGCCAUUUGACUCAACACAUGAGAACACACACAGGUGAAAAAACAUUUAAGUGUUCAGUUUGUGGCAAAAGCUUUUCUUUUAAGAGCAGUUUGACUAAACAUAUGAGAACACACACAGGUGAAAAACCCUUUAAUUGUUCAGUUUGUGGCAACAGCUUUUCUCAAAAUAGCCAUUUGACUCGACACAUGAGAACACACACAGGAGAAAAAACAUUUACCUGUUCGGUUUGUGGCAAAAGCUUUCCUCAUAACAGCUCUUUGUGGCGACACAUGAGAACACACGCUGGAGAAAAACCAUUUAGUUGUUCAGUGUGCUGUAAAAGGUUCCCACAUAAUGCAGACGCAGUAAAACACAUAAGAACACACAAGGGAAAAUAACCAAUUAACUGGUUAGUUUGUGGUAUGUUGCUCAUAUGUGGUGACAUCCACCCUACCCAGGACCUCCUCACUGCUUCUUGCACAAAUAUCUGAGGUAUUCAUACAAACUUGGAUUAUUUGGAGCAUAAUCUU